AGUAAAAUUGCCAAUAAUUUUUUCGGGCAGUGUAUGUACACACAUAGAAAAAAAGCAAGGCGGGCAUACCAAAUUGGUACAUAUUACCAAUGGAGAAAUGCUAAAGUCUUAAUAUAAAAUCAGAGAUUGCCAGAAGAAUAUAAACCUAGGAAUCAACAGAACAAGUACAUACUAAUGGGUGAGAAUGUGGAUCGCGAAAGUGAGCCAAUUCAUGAAGGAUUGCUGCAAGAGAGUAAAGAAAUCGAGUUUGCAGAGGAAACAAUACUUAAAUUAGAGGUGGAAAUUUUGACGCCUUUUUCUGAGGAAGAUAAUGGAACAGAUAAUAUACUGAAUGAGUUUGAAAUAAAUAAAACGUUGUAUAAUGCGAAAAAGAAAGAUUGUCAAAUGGUGGAAACGACAAAUUCUGUCACGCGGAGAUUUUUUCAGUUACGUAGUACUGAUCCGUUCAUUAUAUUGGGAUUUAUUGAUAUUGUUCGCCGACAUCCUUGCCAUUGGAAUUCGCUGGACUACGACUUUGGACACAAAGACAAAAGGGAUGAAAGCUCGAAGAUCAUUUGUAGAGAACUGAGGGACCUGUAUAACAUAUGCAUAUCUCCACAAUUAGCCCGAUCAAGCAUACUUUCUCUGAUUCGGUGGUUUGAACGUGAAUAUCUCCGUUCGGUGCUGCUGA